UACAGGGUGAUAUGUCAUGCUGACAGGCGGCACUUCCUGUUUUAAAAGAAGAGAUACACAGGCAUAUGUGAGAUAUUGACAGUGUCAACAACAACGGUUGACCAGCCAGCUCAUCCAUGGAAGUGAACAUCACUAAUUCAACUGAAGAACCUUGUGGCUUGUCUGAAAUGCCUGCACGUCCAUUCUUCUUAUGUGCAUACACACUAAUCUUUCUGGCAAGCCUGGUGCUCAAUAGCAUUACAAUACAUGUGUAUUUUUGUAAAUCUACCAUUGAGUCCAGCAUCACAGUCUAUCUCAAGAACCUGGCUAUCGCCGACUUGUUUGUCUGCCUGUGCUUAGUAUUACGCAUAGUUAAAUAUGCCUACAUUUCAGUGGAAAUUCAACGCAUCUACUGUAACUUUGGUGCCCCAGCCUCCUAUCUGAACAUGUACUGCAGUAUUUUGUUCAUGGGCUACAUUGCUGUAAACAGAUAUUUGAGGAUUGUAAAGCCACUGGAAACGUACACCUUGCAAACAGUCCGCACGACCCGCUACAUCUGCAUUGUGACCUGGGCUGUCCUGCUGUGUGGUGUUUGUGUCUACAUUUUUGUUUUUGUCAGCUCCCACAGUGCUGCUAAAAACCAUCCUACCCAUAUUGGUUUUGAUUGUGACAUUUUUCAUAGCGACUUGCUCAAACAGAUCUAUCUGGUCAUGCAUAUUGUUUCUUUUUUUAUGUUUCUGUUUGUGCUGGGAUCUCUGGUUCUGCUUUAUUGGUGGACUAUACAGAGGCUUCAACAAGCACAGCGCAGGAUGCCAGCACUGUCUGGCAGCACCAAGCUUAGCAAGUCUAAGCGUAACAUGCUAGUGCUAGUGACCAUUUUCUGUGUGUGCUUUGUGCCCUAUCACUUGGUGAGACUGAUUUACACCUUCAAACCCUUGCAUGAAGACUGUACAUCUGCACAAACAUUUUACAUCCUAAAAGAGAUGACUGUUCUGCUUGCAGUACUAAAUGCCUCCUUGGAUCCAAUUAUUUACUUUGUAUUUUGCAAGACCUUCAGGGCCCAGCUUAACCUUAAUAAGAGAUGUCGCCAACCAGAACAAAAGAUGACGACACCUAGUAAAUCGAGAUAAAGCUGAAGUGUGUAAUUACACACGAGAAUUACAGAACACUCCCCCCAUCUUCCAGCGGUCAAAGCAAUGAUGGAAAUUCGGAUGUCGCACUAGUCACACUUAAAUUGCAAAAAAAAAAAAGAAAAGACUUGAAACUUGACAAAGACCCUAUUUGAAUUGCAUUCUUUUCAGGAUAUAUAUCUUAGUUAACAUAUGCUUUUCAGGAUGUGCUGCAUUACAAAGUUUUAAUUGCAUUAGAAAAGUACUAGCCAAGACAGAGAUUACAGUACAACAAGAUUUUUAUUGUAUUGUUUUUGGUAUUUUUGUGUCUUGAGUCGUUUUUUGAAGAAAUCAGAUGGAGUUCGGAAGGUCGUUCCACUAUCAAGGUAUAGUGAGAUCUAAGCAUCUACCUAAACAUGCAAUAUUUGACCACUGUUUAAUGAUUGGAACGACAAUAAUUUCCAAGGGUGUAAACUAUUCACCAUUUGGCGAAAUUCGCCAGUUUGAAUUGAAAGCAUGUCAUGUACAGUGAUUUUUAUGUCAUUCAUAACUGUGAAUGUGAAAACAUUAAUGGAGCAGUUUUCAGCAAAUCAAGCUUAAGACAAACAGCGAAUGUGUGUAUAUUGUAAAGGAACUGAAUGAAUGUUUUUAGAAAAUUCUCUUGACAUUGUCUAUGAAAAUUAUCUAUAAAAAAAAAAACAUAAAUUAGAGUAUUAUUAUCACCCUCAGAUCAGAACUAGAACAUGGUAAGACCUGUGACUCGUGACUUCUAUAGUGCUUUUACGUUUUGGCAAGGACAGUGUCACCCCCAGUGUAACAAUUUAAAAUCAAUUUAAGAUUUUUUAAAUAAUUUAUUGUAAAGGGGUUCAAUGGGAAGGAGGAGGCGAGAACCGGCUUGAUACUGUAAAUAAUAUUUUAAUGAAUAACUUAAAAGACACAAACACACAUGACGGACAUGUCCAUAAACUAUCUCUCUCUCCCGAACAAUCCUCCGUAGUUGGCCUUUAUCCCUCUCGGAGGCAUGAUGAGCCUGAUAAGGGACCGGGUGUGUAUAAUCACGACCCGGCCCCGCCCUCCGCCCUGCCACAUUUAUGUAUAUAUUUAAUGAAU